GCAGAGGGUUUAACUUAAUUAAAUAACACAGUUUUAGGAUGAAGGAAUAAAUGAUAUUCAGAGGCAUAUCAAAAUGAGUUAGGUUCUCCAUUAACAAACUCGAAUAAUUCACUAGCCUGGGUGUAUACAAUAUAUAUGCUGUUGUGUGCAAAGCAAAUUCACAUACUGAACAUCUAAUCUCAUAUCACCAACAUCCAGCAUAGUCUGGCAUCCCUUUACCAAUGAAGUUCAAGGUAGUCUGGUUCUCUAUCUUCCUGAUCUUUGUCUGUGCAAGGAUUAAUGUUGCUCAAGCCAGCACUCGCCUUUCAGUCUCUGUGAAGUUGAACCAAGACCUUCAGCCACGCCAAUAUGCCACCAUACAGGUAACGUAACUAAAACUGCAAUCCAUCUUGUUAGGAUAGGAUUUCAAGUUGGUUUCUUCAAUCAGUUCCAACUCCUGCUCUUCCAACUAAGAUUGAUUGGUGCAUCAGAGAUGAAAAGGGCAAAAUUUUCAGCUAUGAAGACAUGGAAUGCUUACAUAUUUCUUUCUAUAAUCCUACAGGAUGCAACAAUGACUGCGAUACAGCUUGUUGCAACUGUGGUAUAGAGAGACAGCCACCAGUGUGUGUGCAAUGCUGUCAAGAGAAGACUUAAACACAGGCACUUUCAGUCAGGCACAGAAACAACUUGAAGGGAUAAAAAGAUGCAAUAUCA